AUGCCGACAUAUGCUAAGUUUAUGAAGGAUAUUCUGUCGAAAAAAAGAAAAAUCGGCGGGGAAACAGUUAUGCUUACUGAAGAGUGUAGUGCUAUACUACAAAGGAAGCUGCCACCGAAGCUUAAGGACCCUGGAAGCUUCUCAAUCCCGUGCGUUAUUGGAAAUAGAACUUUUGGGAAGGCUUUGUGCGAUCUUGGGGCUAGUGUAAGUCUUAUGCCCCUUUCAAUAUACAAAAAAUUGGGCAUUGGAAAAGUCAAGGACACACAGCUGAUGUUACAGUUUGCGGACCGCUCGAUGAAACAUCCCUAUGGAGUGGUGGAAGAUGUGUUGGUUAAAGUGGACAAGUUCAUUUUUCCAGUAGAUUUUGUGGUACUAGAUAUGGAGGAAGACAACGACAUUCCUUUGAUUUUGGGGAGACCGUUAAAGAGAAGGGUGCAAUCGAAUCGAGAUUUUAGAUCAGAUAGUCAAUGA